AUGCUUCGAGAAGUAAAGCCAAAGAACCCGCGCACUGCGCGCAUCCUCAAGGCCAAGGAGCCACAGCUCAUCGAAGGCGCAAAGCGCACACUGCUACUCCACGGAUCAAAAUGUCCUGCACCCCUUCACACCAUCCUCAAGACUUUCCACUCCCUCACAACGCCGCACUCCGUCCUCUUCCACAAGAAAAAUGAGAACAUCCACCCAUUUGAAAAUGUCGAGAGUCUCGAGUUUCUGGCCAACAAGAACGACUGUGGUAUGGUCAUUUUCGGAAGCAGUAACAAGAAGCGACCCAACUGCCUGACACUCGCGCGCAUCUUCGACUCCAAGGUUCUCGACAUGCUCGAACUUCUACUCCUCCCCGACGCCAAUGGCGAGGGAAUUCCCGAGAUGAACAAGCUCUCUAUGCACAUCGGUGUCGGACUCCGGCCGCUCAUGCUCUUCUCCGGUAGCGCAUGGGAGGAUACGACAUCGACGACGCACACAAUGCUGAAGAGCAUGCUUCUGGAUCUGUUCAAGGGCGAUACUAGCGAUAAGAUCGAUGUGGAGGGACUACAGUAUGCGCUGAUGGUUGGCGCAGAGGAGCCUACGGCGGGACUCGCCCCCAUUAUUCACCUACGGUGGUACAAGAUCGUGACCAAGCGAAGCGGACACAAGCUACCCCGCGUGGAGCUGGAGGAGAUCGGACCUAAAUUCGACUUCAAGGUCGGACGUACUCAAGAGGCUCCUCGUGACGUUAUGAAGGAGGCCAUGAAGCAGGGCAAGAAGCCUAACGAGGAGAUCAAGAACAAGAAGAACAUCGGUAUCGAUCUGAUCGGUGACAAGGUCGGCCGGGUGCACUUGAACAAGCAGGAUCUGGGUGGAUUGCAGACGAGGAAGAUGAAGGGUCUGAAGCGGAGGGCUGGGGUUGAGUCUGAUGACGAGGGAGACGCGGACAUGAUGGAUGUGGAUGAGGUCUCGGAAGACGAGGGGGCCAAGCGGGCACGACAUGAGUAA